CACACACACACACACAGAGAGAGAGAGCCUGCAGUCUCCCGGAUGAAUCCGUCCUGAGCGGAAUGUUCUUCUACAGUACCGCGAAUUAAACGGAUCUUCAUCUCGGUCUCGCGGACGCGGUUCAGAAGAGCUCGGUGUGUAAUGUGUUGUUGUUUUGGACCAGAAGUGAAGUUCUGAUGGAGUUCUGGAUAAAGUUUUUAGCGGUAGCCUUAGCGUUGCUCCCGACGCACUCGCAGUUAAACCCGGAGCACGAGAUCAGCGGCUCUUCUCUCGCCUUCGUGUUUGACGUCACAGGCUCCAUGUACGACGACCUGCAACAGGUGAUGGAAGGAGCCUCGCGCAUACUGCACCGCAUGCUGAGCCGCACGGACACGCCCAUCCGCAACUUCGUGCUCGUGCCAUUCCACGACCCAGAUAUCGGCCCAGUUUCCAUCACCAGUGACCCCAAACAGUUUCAACAUGACCUGCAGGAACUCUUCGUCCAGGGGGGAGGUGACUGUCCGGAGAUGAGUGUUGGAGCAAUACACUCGGCACUGGAAGUUUCUCUGCCUGGAUCGUUUAUUUUCGUUUUCACAGACGCUCGAGCUAAAGAUUAUAGACGUAAACAGGAAGUGUUGCAGCUGGUGCAGCUCCGCCAGUCUCAGGUUGUGUUCGUGUUAACAGGGGAUUGUGGUGAUCGUUCUCAGCCUGGUUACAGAGUGUACGAGGAAAUCGCAGCCACAAGCUCUGGACAGAUCUUCCACCUGGACAAACAGCAAGUUAAUGAGGUUCUGAAAUGGGUUGAGGAGACCGUACAGGCCAUGAAGGUUCAUUUGCUCUCUUCAGACCAUGAGCUUGGUCAGGAGGCACAGUGGGAGUUGCCCUUUGACCCCAGCCUUAAGGAGGUGACCGUGUCGCUGAGUGGUCCAACACCUCGCAUCGAGCUCAGAGAUCCGCUUGGUCGAACUGUUGGUGAGAAACAGGGACUGAGAGAGCUGCUGAACAUCCCAAACUCUGUGCUAGUGGUCAACCUGAAGAACCCUCAUCCUGGACUCUGGACACUGAAGGUAGUGUGUAGUGGGCGACAUACACUCAGAGUAACUGGAGUCAGUAACCUGGACUUCAGAGCCGGUUUCUCCACUUCAGCUGUCACGGAGUUCAGCAGGACCAAAGAACGACCCAUCAAAGGUCUUCCUGUGCAUGUACUGUUGAAGUGUUCAGGUCUGAGUCCUCCUGGUGUGGUCAGUAGUCUGGUUUUAGUCUCAAAGCGUGGUGAGGAUCUGCAGAGAGUUUCACUUCCUGUUCCUGUAGACAGAGGUGUGAGUGGGGUGUGGAGUGUGCCGGAGAUGCAAACUCCAUCUGAAGGUUUCUUCAUUAAAGUCAAGGGGAAAGAUGUAGGCGGAUUUGCCUUCCAACGUCUCUCCAGUGUUUUAUACACAAACGUUAUUCCAGUCGUUCCUGUGGUUGAGAUGCCCUCUGUCCAGCACGGUGUGUUAAUGCAGAAUGUGUUAAUUGAGUGCAGUGUACAGAGUGACCUUCCCUUCACACUCACCUUCAGGAAGGAUGGAGAGAUGCUGGGACAGCAGAACAGCUACCAGUCUUCAGCUAAUGCAUCAUGGGAAAUUCUUCAGGUUUCUGCAAGAGAUGAGGGAAUGUACGAGUGUAUGGCUCAGAGCACUGCAGGAGUAGGACGAGCUCACACACGCUUCACUGUUAUAGCAUCCCCUAUGUUAGAUCACAGUCUAUCAGAGGUUAUAGCAGUAGUCGGUGAACCCAUCACUCUGCCAUGUGUGCUGGUGGACGGAGCGCCGCUUCCUGAGAUCAUCUGGACUCGUAAUGGACAAAAGGUCCAGAGCAAUUACUUAAUCUCAGUCAGGAGUGAUGGCAGUCUGCACAUGAAGAGAGCUGCCCCAGAGAAUGCUGGGAAUUACCAGUGCACUGCAGUGAACAUGGCCGGAUCAGCGAACAUAACAGUCACCCUGCAGAUCCACAUUCCACCUGUGAUCUCAGCUGCUGCUUCUCAUUAUGAUGCUGCUGAAGGAGUGAGUGUUUCUCUGCCAUGUGAAGCAGCUGGAAACCCAAAACCUUCCAUAACCUGGACCAAGGGUGAUAAGCCUGUCUCUCCGCCACAGCCUGAUGGGAGUUUGUUGAUCUUCAGCUUGACUGCAGCAGAUUCAGGACGUUACAUCUGCACAGCGAGCAGUCCAGUUGGAGAAACACACAGAGAUGUCACUCUCACUGUCCACUCAAAGCCCCUUAUCCGCAGAGCACAUGAGCACACUGAGGUCACUAACAGAACAGCGGAGGAGGGGGCAGAGGUCAUCCUGCCAUGUGAGGUUGAGGGAAGUCCCACCCCUACUGUGUCCUGGAGCCGUAACGGGCAGUUCCUUCCACCAAUCACUGCCCGGGUCACAGUUUUGCCGUCUGGCUCUUUGAAGAUCGGGAAUGUUCAGCUGGCGGACAGUGACAUUUAUACCUGCACUGCUGAGAACCCAGUUGGAGUUAACACACUGAGCUACAGUUUACAUGUCCAGGUUCCCCUGAGGAUUGUGGGUCAGCAGGAAGAGGAAAUGAGUACCGUGGAAGGUCACAUGGUCUCUCUUACAUGUGAUGUUCAAACUCACCUGACUCCUGAAAUCAUUUGGAUGAAAGAUGGACAACUGCUGCUGUUUGGUUCUGGUGUUCAGAUCCUGUCAGGUGGGAAGAUGCUGCAAAUUUCCAGAGUACAGCAGCAGGAUGCAGGACAGUAUGUCUGCACAGUGACCACCUCAGCAGGACAGAACCAGAAGAGCAUCAUGCUGAAUGUUUAUUCCCCACCCAUUCUACUCCCACUGCCCCACUCGGGAUCAGAGGUCAUGACACCUCGAAUAGGGUCAUCUGUUACACUGAACUGUGAGGCUCGAGGAGUUCCUGAGCCAGAGGUCACAUGGUACAGAAAUGGCUGGAAGCUGAACUCUGGGAGAUCCCUGCAGCUUACUGGUCAGAAACUGACCAUAAACAGCAUGCAGGUGUCUGAUGGAGGUAUUUAUACUUGUAAGGUCUCUAACCCUGCAGGUCAGCAGGAAAGAACGUUCUCACUGACCACUCACGAACCUAUUGUAAUUCACGGAGCAGUUCAUGAGAGCCUCACACACACUCUGGGUUCUCACAUCACUCUGGUGUGUGAGGCAAGUGGAAUUCCUGCUCCAGACGUGCGCUGGCUAAAAGAUGGCUUGGCUUUUGGUAGUGGUAGUGUGUUGUCUUUAGGUCCACUGGAACUUUCACACAGUGGUGUUUACACCUGCAUUGCCCACAACAGUGAAGGAGAAACACACAAAAACUACACACUCACCAUCCAGGUGCCUCCCACCAUCUUGAAUACAGGUCCUUCUGAGGUCAGUGCCCUGGUGGGGGCAGAGCUCACGUUAACAUGUCGAGCAGAGGGCAUGCCCACUCCACAGCUCACCUGGAUGAGAAAUGGUGUGAAACUAGACACCACUGAGCAUGUGCAUGUCUCUGCACAUGGGCGCACAUUAACACUCCAGAGUGUGAGAAAGGAAGAUUCUGGAACAUACAGGUGUUUAGCCGUCAGCCCCGCUGGACAGGAAAGCAAAAUCUACACUGUGUUAGUGUUGGUCCCUCCCUCCAUACUGAAACACUCUGAUGUUCAGCUGGAGGUCCAGGCAGUUCAGGACAGUGGUGUGUCUCUGGAGUGUGACGCGGUGGGCGUUCCUCCUCCUCAGGUCACCUGGCUGAAAGACGGACUUCCAGUGCAGCUCACACCCCGAGUACACCUGCGCUCAAAACACACACUCCUCAGGAUCUCUCCAGUGCAGCUCUCUGACUCUGGACUUUACACCUGUGUGACUCGCAGUGAAGCAGGAUUUGCAGAACAGAGGUUCCACCUGCAGGUUGAAGCCCCUGUCAUGGUGGACCACACGGAACCACUGGAGCACAUUGUGAUAGUUCAAGGCUCUGUGGUCACUCUGGUGUGUGAGGCUCAUGGUGUUCCUCCUCCGACCCUCACUUGGUUGAAGGACAGUGAGCCUCUCUCAUUCCACCAGAACAUGCUGCUACAUGAUGGAGGAGAAACUCAUGUCCAGAUCCUGGAUGUCCGACUUGAGGAUGCUGGACUUUACAGUUGCAUUGCAAAGAACAAGGCUGGAACCAGCACCAAGACCUUCAACCUCACUGUGUUAGAGCCUCCUAAGAUAUCCAGCUCUCCAGGAAGAGAGGAGCUUGUGGUGGUGGUGGACGGUGUUUUGGAGUUAGAGUGUAUUGCUGAUGGAUUUCCUCCGCCCACUGUAAGCUGGAUGAAGGAUGGACAUCCACUAGAGGACAGCAGAGUUGUUCUACACAGAGAUGGACAGAUUCUCACUAUCAGAAACAUUCAGAUGGAGGAUGCAGGUGUGUACACGUGUCUUGUCAGUAACCCAGCAGGAGAAGAUGGGCGGAGUCUCUGGGUGCACGUUCAGGUUCCUCCAACAUUGCUGGGUUCUAGUGAAAUCACAACUAUGUCUGUGCCCUUGAAGGGUCAUAUGACCUUGGAGUGUCGGUCAGACAGCGAGCGUCCUCCAGAGAUUCAGUGGUACAGAGACGGUAUUAAAGUGCAGUUGGGAGGUCGGAUCCAGAGCAUUGCUGCCGGUCAGUAUUUAGAGAUCGGAGAUGUGAGGACAGAGGACGGCGGACUUUACAGCUGUGUGGUGUCCAACAUGGCUGGCAGCUCCAGUCUGCAGUUUCAUGUACAGAUCCUCCUGCCCCCUGUUAUUAAAGAAGGCAGUUCACUGGUCACUGCACAUGCCAGUCAGAUAGUGGUGCUACCUUGUGAGGUGGAGGGAGACUCCACCCCCUCUGUGUUGUGGAGGAAAAAUGGAGUACCAGUUCUGUUUGACAAAAGGUUUGUUUCACUGCCGGACGGAUCACUGCGUAUCCAAUCAGUGCAGCUCACUGACGCAGGCCGUUAUUACUGCAGCGUGUCUAACAAGGUGGGGUCAGACCAGCGCAGCAUGGAGCUCCGAGUCUAUGUUGGUCCCUCCAUUAGCCCCGGCCCUUUUAAUGUAACCAUGACGAUGGGCCAGAGGGCUGUUUUAGGCUGUGAAAGUUCAGGUGUACCUCUUCCUCGAGUGAGCUGGAAGAGGAAUGGACAAGCACUGAACACACACUCUGGAGCUUACAGGUUGAUGCCCUCAGGGUCACUGCUUAUCAUUUCUCCGUCUCUUGAGGAUGAAGGAUAUUUUGAGUGCACAGUAACCAAUGAGGUUGGAGAGGAGCGAAGGAUCAUAGAGGUCAUGCUUCAAGUUCCUCCAUCCAUUGAUGAUGAUGUCAUCAGUGUUACGGCCAAUAAGAUGGAGUCAGUGGUGUUACCGUGUCACGUCACCGGACGUCCGACACCAUCCAUCAGCUGGAGCAGAGGAGGGACAGCCCUGGGCACAAAGAGGGGCAGUUACAGGACCCUACCCUCAGGCAUGUUAGAGAUACAGGCUGUGAAUCCGACUCAUGCUGGCAGAUACACCUGUAGAGCACAAAACCCAGCUGGAGUCACACAAAAACACAUCGCUUUGUCUGUACAAGAGGCUCCUGAGAUAAAGAACAUGGUUAAAGAAGUGAAAGUUCUGCUGAAUCAGGAAGUUCUUCUGAUCUGUGAUGUUCAUGGAUUUCCCAAACCUUCAGUGACCUGGCUUAAAGAGGGUGUUCCCAUGGCAACAGGGGAGCACCUGGUGGUUCUGUCUGAUGGAUCGCUGAGACUUUCUCAGGUUACACGGAGCGAUGCGGGGACAUACUCCUGUCUGGCACAAAAUGCAGCAGGCAGUACGGAGGGUAAAACCGAGCUCAUCCUGCAGGUUCCUCCUGUCAUUUCUGUACCUCAUGAUGCAUACACACUCAGUGUUGGUCAGUCUGUCAGUGUGCCGUGUUCAGCGACUGGUCAGCCCAAGCCUGAGCUACAGUGGCAAAAAUUGGGUGGCUCUGUGGGGGGUGAAUCUGACCUACGGACCUUCACCAAUGGAACACUGCACAUCAAAAAUGCACAGCUGAAACAUGGCGGAGUUUACACGUGUACAGCCUUCAGCAGUGCAGGGAGAGCGAGCCGUGACAUCAUGCUGAUUCUGCAGGUCCCGCCCAUGAUUCAUGUUGGUCAGUCGGAAGUGUCGGUCAUCCAGGGCUUCCAGACACUGCUGCCCUGUUCAGCUGCAGGGGUUCCAGAUCCCAGAAUUCACUGGGAGAAAAACGGAGAUGUUAUCCAGAACCUGCAGGGAAAAUUUACUGUCCUGAGAUCAGGAGAGCUAAUCAUUGAGAGAACCCAGCCCUCUGAUGCAGGUAUGUUCACCUGUGUGGCUGUGAAUGCAGCAGGUUCUGCUCAUCACAAAGUGCAGCUGUCUGUUAACAUGAGGCCAGAGUUUAAAGAGUUGCCGAGUGACAUGACACUGAGGGCUGGGCAAGACCUGUCCCUCACCUGCCACGCCCACUCUACCCCGCCCCCUGUUAUCACUUGGAACGUUAAUAAUCGUCCCUAUACAGGAUUCAGUGUGGAUGAAGCAGGUCGGAGUUUCCUGAUGAUUGAGAAUGUCACAGUGAAGGACUCAGGGUUGUAUGUGUGUACAGCAGAGAACAGUGUUGGCUCAGUCCAAGCUUUAGCACUUAUUCGCAUCACAGAGCCUCCAGUUCUGAGAGGAGGUGCCCAUGUGUAUCAGUUUGUUUCUCAUGGUACAGUAGUUGUGUUGGAUUGUCCUGUUAAAGGAACUCCAGCUCCAGUGUUGCACUGGUUUAAAGAUGGCCACCUGCUGCAGAUCACUGAGCAUCUUCAUCGUCUCCAUAACGGCUCUCUUGUUCUGUACAGCGCAGCGAGCAAGGAUUCUGGAGAGUAUCGGUGUGUUGCUGAAAAUGAGGUGGGAGUUAUAGAGAGGACGAUAUCUCUGAAAGUACAGGACUCUCUCCGCAGGGCUCGUGCCAGUGUGAUCGGGAUGGUCAAUGAUCGUGAGUUUGGUGUGUCUUUCCUUGAAGUGAACAUCAGCGAGAACUCUGAGAGCAGAAGCAGCACACUGGAGGCUCACAUGGUGAACGUUCCUUCCAGUGUGGGUCCUUUGCUGAAAGUUCUUGUAUCUGCUUUAACUCCGAUUUACUGGACGGCUGUUUAUGAAUCAGCGGGAGCGAAGAAUGGCUUCUCAAUCAGCCAAGGGAAUUUCAGACAAGAAUCCCAACUGGAGUUUCACACAGGCGAGAUCUUAAAGAUAACCCAUGUGGUGAGAGGUGUGGAUGCAGAGGGGGUAUUGCUAGUGGACACGGUUAUUAAUGGAUUUAUUCCUGCUGUGUUUUUAUCCUCUACACUACAUCAGCAGGACUUUGAAGAGACGUAUGUGCAGGUUGGUUCUGGUCAGAUUUACUCUUGGUCUACCCAGAAUUCUUUGCAGCAGGGUGUUGGUCCGGUGCUGACCCUGCACUGUAAUCAUUCACUGGUGUUUGAUGGAUCAGUGAAACGUUUCAGUCCACUACUGCAACAAAUCCUUCUGUCACACAUCAGCAGCUCCUACAACAUGGUAGACUUCAGGCUGGACUUUCACGUCACAGCAGAGUUAUCACUACCGGAUGGUGAUGGAGAAAAAUGCCCAGAAGGAUUUCUGCUGGAUGAAGCUUCUUACUGUGCUGAUGAGGAUGAGUGUGUGUCGGAGUCUCCAUGUUCUCAUUCCUGCAUUAACAUCAUGGGGGGCUUCAGCUGCACCUGUCCAUCAGGAUUCACCAUCAACACUGAGAGCAACAGCUGCCAAGAUAUAGACGAGUGUGUGAAUGAAUCUCACAUGUGCCCCUAUAACCAGUUGUGUGUGAAUACAGUUGGAAAAUACCGGUGUGAGGUGAAGUGUGGGCCGGGAUUCAGACACAGAACUGGUGGUGCUGAGAACAGAACCAGAACUGAAGGCUGUGAAGAUGUGGAUGAGUGUUUGGAGUCGUCUGUGUCUCCCUGCCAGCACCGGUGCUUUAACACUCUUGGCUCAUUCCGCUGUGGCUGCCUGCCUGGAUACCAGCUGGUGGGACAUCGCUGCUUUGAUAUAAAUGAGUGUUUGAGGAGUGUGUGUCCAUCUCACCAACAAUGCAAGAAUACAGAUGGAGGAUAUCAGUGUUUUGAUAGCUGUCCAUCAGGAAUGACUCAGACUGAAACCGGGGUGUGUGUGGAUGUAGACGAAUGUAAAGAUGGCAGUCACAUGUGUCGCUACCGCCAGAUCUGCCAAAACACUCGUGGUGGUUAUGUGUGUGUGUGUCCCAAAGGGUACCGCUCACAGGGUGUGGGCAAGCCGUGUAUAGAUGUUGAUGAGUGUGUACAGUCUCCAAGUCCAUGUGGGUAUCAGUGCCGAAAUGUACCUGGUAGUUUCCGGUGUCUGUGUCCCCCGGGAACUGUCCUGUUGGUGGAUGGCCGCUCGUGUGCUGGACUAGAGAGACGAAAUGUGUUCAGUAAUCGAACUUGGGUUCGAGUUGGACUUCAGCCUCAGCUCGUGUCCACAAGGGGUCAAACACUAACGCUGCUACAGAACACACAGCCAGGGGCAUCAUGGAGCAGCUUACACACUUGCCCACCUGGUUAUACUAGUAAAGCCAGUAGCUGUGUAGACAUUGAUGAGUGUGUGCUGAGAAAACCGUGCCAACACGAGUGCCGGAACUCAGUAGGAAGUUUUCAGUGUUUUUGCCCCUCAGGAUAUCAGCUCAUGCCCAAUGGUCAAACAUGCAGAGAUAUUGAUGAAUGUGUAGAGCACAGUUUGCAGUGUGGACCAAACCAAAUGUGCUUUAACACCAGGGGGAGCUAUCAGUGUUUGGACACUCCCUGUCCUACCAGUUAUCACAGAGGAGGAAGUCCAGGCGUGUGUUACAAGCCAUGUUCACGUGGGUGUGCUGCAGGAUCUUCUCUCCUCCUUCAGUACAAACUACUCACACUUCCUUUGGGAAUUCCAGCUCAACACAACGUCAUCCGAUUAUCAGCAUUUUCCGAAUCCGGUGUUCUUCAGGAGCGAACAGUAUUCACCAUCCUGGAACAAAACGGAGAGAUUACAGAGCAGCUGUUUGGGAUUAAAGACGAGGCUGGAAGAGGAAUCAUCUUCACCACUCGCUAUUUAAAUCAGUCUGGUCUGGUGAACCUGAAGGUCCAAGCAACCACGCUGAAUCAGCUUGGACAAAUCACUUACCAGAGUUUAUUCAUCAUCUACAUCUCCAUUUCUGCUUAUCCAUACUGAGCUCCAGUCCUCCACACAUUUCUUCAGUAUUGGUCCUACAGUAUUCACUGUGUGCAGUUUUAGUAAAUAACAUUAAAGUGUUUUAUGUUGCUGACACAGAUUUUUAUUUUUUAUUUACUUUUUCGUGUUUCACAGAUUGUUCUGUUAUUAUGCCCAAAAUAAAAUUUCAGAAUUAUAAUGGAUAGCACUUGCUUUAAAUUAUUUUUACUUUACUCUGUUGUACUAUUCCCUCUUGGAUAUCAAUGUUUGUGUAAAGGCUAUAUUUAUGUCCAUUGUGAACAAGAUAGCCAUUUGGGGAAUUUUUAGUCCUUUAAGUUUCUGUACGAAAUCAUACGUGUCUUUUAUAUAGCUAGGGUGGCCAAUCGAAAGGGAAUUUAAAUGAAAAUCUAAAAAUUUGGCUGUAUAGUAUGUUUUCACUGCCACAGAAGGAAUUUAGUAGGGUCUGCUCCAUGUAGCUGGGUCCUUGUGUAUUUUUGGGAGACAGUCCUGCAGUCCUGUUUUACUCCACUAAUAUCUUCAUAGUACUCCCUCAUGUUUAUUAUUUUAUUUAUGUUUAUCAUUUGCUGUAGUAGAGCUCCAGUGAUACUAAUACAAGGCGUAAGUACACACUAGCCUGAAGGAUUCUUGGUUAAUUUUCUGUAUUUAGUCACUCUGCUAUAGCAGAACAUUGGAAUGAGGACAAAGCUGAAUAAAAAUCUGCAUAAUUAGAGUUUUGCAUAAUUGCCUAAAUUGUAUACACUAUAUUGCCAAAAGUAUUCGCUCACCUGCCUUGACUCGCAUAUGAACUUAAGUGACAUCCCAUUCCUAAUCCAUAGGGUUCAAUAUGACGUCGGUCCACCCUUUGCAGCUAUAACAGCUUCAACUCUUCUGGGAAGGCUGUCCACAAGGUUUAGGAGUGUGUUUAUGGGAAUUUUUGACCAUUCUUCCAGAAGCGCAUUUGUGAGGUCACACACUGAUGUUGGACGAGAAGGCCUGGCUCUCAGUCUCCACUCUAAUUCAUCCCAAAGGUGUUCUAUCGGGUUGAGGUCAGGACUCUGUGCAGGCCAGUCAAGUUCCUCCACACCAGACUCUGUCAUCCAUGUCUUUAUGGACCUUGCUUUGGUCACUGGUGCACAGUCAUGUUGGAAGAGGAAGGGGCCAGCUCCAAACUGUUCCCACAAAGUUGGGAGCAUGGAAUUGUCCAAAAUGUCUUGGUAUGCUGAAGCAUUCAGAGUUCCUUUCACUGGAACUAAGGGGCCAAUCCCAGCUCCUGAAAAACAACCCCACACCAUAAUCCCCCCUCCACCAAACUUUACACUUGGCACAAUGCAGUCAGACAAGUACCGUUCUCCUGGCAACCGCCAAACCCAGACUCGUCCAUCAGAUGACCUACCACUUCGUGGCUGAGUUGCUGUCGUUCCCAAACACUUCCACGUUCUUAUAAUACAGCUGACAGUUGACUGUGGAAUAUUUAGGAGCGAGGAAAUUUCACGACUGGAUUUGUUGCACAGGUGGCAUCCUAUCACAGUUCCACGCUGGAAUUCACUGAGCUCCUGAGAGCGACCCAUUCUUUCACAAAUGUUUGUAAAAACAGUCUGCAUGCCUAGGUGCUUGAUUUUAUACACCUGUGGCCAUGGAAGUGAUUGGAACACCUGAUUCUGAUUAUUUGGAUGGGUGAGCGAAUACUUUUGGCAAUAUAGUGUAUGUAUCAUUUAGUUGAUUUAGUAGAUGUAGAAAAACAAUGAAAGCAAUUCAAGACAUACUCAUACCAUCACACAGAACUGUAUACAUGAAUCUAGCCUGAUUUAUGUCUGUACUGUAAUACUGAAAAUGAGCUGAAGGUAAAAGUUCUCUCCUGACCUGCAGAAAUCUCUGAGGAACGGGAUGAAACCCAAGCCAUGACACUGCUGCCUCAGUGCUCCAGCCAUGAGCUUAAUGUCUUAGAUCAUUAAUAAAUCCUUCAUCUCUGUUUUCUUUCUGAAUUCAAGUCUGGUCUUCAGAUUCUUACUGAUAAUGAGUGUCUUACAUUUUGUGGUUUGGUCUCGAUAUUUCUGCUCAAAAUCUUUUUGGAAUGGUGGAUUUUUUAAUAUACAUUUUUUGUUUUUAAUUAAUAUUAUUUUGUGUUAUUUACUUAUUAAUGUUCUUUCAAUGUAAUAAAUUAAGUGGUUUUCUCGGCACACUGUUGAUCUUCAGCAUCGAAACGUUCGAUCACAUAGCCAAAAAUUUUAUUGGAAAUAAUAUAUACUGUUAUAAGACAGCUGAACUUGCAUUGUUCCAGGGGGGGGAACACUUGCAUCACCUUUAACACCUGAUUUAAUGAAAAGGGCUAUUCACACUGUGCUUAACCCCGGGUUCUCAUUGCUCUUAACCCUGCAUUUAAGCCCGAGUUUCACAGGUGUAAAGUAGCACGGCUUUCUCCCCGGGGUUAUGAAGAUGUGUUCACUGAACUUCAUAUAUAUAACAGUCAUCAUGAAGCAGCAGCCGCAGCAACCCUAAAACAGGAAAAUAAAUCAACAAUCAGGAGUUUAAUACAUUUUGGUGAUAAACAACUUAUCUGAUGUAUUUCAUUCAUGGAUUUGUACACAUGCUGAAAAAAUUAAAAGCCAUUAAGAAUGAUUACAGAUGGGUAUUCAAGUGUAACGACUGAACACAAAACCACAGGCUUUAUUUUUAUUCAGUAAAACUGC